UAUAAUAAUGACUUAUUUGCAACACUUUUAUGCUUACAUGUAUUUCCUGUCGUGUUCAAAUGUGAUAUCAAAAUGCUGUGAUAUUGAAAUCUAUAUCAUACGAAUGACCUUAAUAACAUAAUUUACAGGGAAAAAGAUCUUUUGACCCGGAUAUGUCAUAUCCGGUGCGUCGUUUUCAUAUCACCUCUGCGUUCCAACUACUGUAUGGAUGGAAUAAUGUGCUUGAUCUUUAUGCGGGUACUCUGACGACAUGUAGAAUUGUCAGAAAGAUCUUUUACAAGGAGAACUCGGAAAUAUGGCUAAUAAUUGCUCUGGAAUAUAUCUGUGUUUGGCGUUGACAGCAGCGUACGUGACCUAUGUGUCAAGUGUGUCCAUCCGCCUGACUGGGGGAACGAAGCCCAGCCAAGGUCAUUUGGAGAUCUUGAUAAGCGGCGGUUGGGGUACUUUCUGCGGGAACUCCUGGGACAUUCAGGAUACGGUUGUAGUCUGUCGACAGCUAGGGUUUCCUGGAGCAGUCACCUUCACCUCGACUUCUACCCCAUCGGUUGGAGAUGGAAAUGAUCGUAACACCGGCCUUAUCGUAUGUGCUGGAGAUGAGAGUAGUAUAUCUGAAUGCAUUGAUCCUACAAUCAGCCUAUCGUGCACACGUUUUCUUGAUGUUGAAAUAAUUUGCCAAGAUUUCGGCUAUGAUGGCUGCUAUCUUUGGAAUAAUCUCACCAUAGCACCGUGGCCUACACUGACAAAGACCUCUAUGACGAAUGACUUGUGCCUCGAAGAAUGUCAGAGUCAAAUUCGAGAUGAAGGAUACGCCAUCUUGCAGGAUGCUGACUGUAUCUGUGAAAACUCCCUCACUGGAUUCUCCCCAGCAAAUGACUGGAACUGCACCAACCUCUGUCUUGGCGACCGAUCCCAGUCUUGUGGUGGGCGAAACGCUUACACAGUCUUCAGAACAGAUGUUGGGUUCUGCAGUAAUCCGGAGCCUCCACAUUUGGGUGACGCCACAGUAGAUUGGACUCGAUAUGGAAGCUUCGUUGAGUUCAGUUGUAUACAGGAUUUCGAGUUGGUAGGAAACAGAACUCUUCAGUGUCUUGGUAGCGCUGCUGAUCAACUGGAAUGGAAUGGCGAGACUCCUUUGUGUGCAGAAAAAACAUUCUUAAUUCUUGGGCUAGUUUUCACAGUGAUUGGAGGAAGCAUCGUGUUUCUGUCCAUGGUGUGUGUUGUAGGAUGCGAAAUUCGCAGGAAAACGCGGAUGAAGCAUGUUGGAGGGCAUAACCGAGUCGACACUGAGCAUGACCAUUCCUUAUUCCCAUCGAUGCCAACCAUACAGGACACGCAUGCAGUGCAAUGGAAUCCUCAGUCCGAAAUGGCACAGCAAAGUCACCCUCCUGCCAUGUCUUCCGGUGUACCAAUCUCACAUGCGGCUCCAUCUCGGCCAUUGCAAACACCGCCUCCAUUGCAGGUCGAAAGACGUCUUCCCACUCCUGUCGGCGUUUCAAGUGCCACUGCAGCCUCAUCGGGAGAAUACGCAGGCAUCUACGAGGAGCUAGACGAGUACGUCAGUCCUGGGGAAGACAUCGGUGGCGGAAUGGAACUUGUCUUUGAAAGACAUCCAAGCGAGGAGGAUUCAAACACACUGUCUCCUCAUUCUCCUCAGUCCAUGAGUAUCACAGCAACGGACCAGGAUGAAGCUCAAACAGACGAAGUUUUCCCUGCUCUAGGAAAUGAGAAUAAUAGCAAACCUCCCGAGCAACGGUCUGGCCAAAGCAAAGAAGGAGAGGACGGUUAUUCAAAGGUGCACUCUGACCAAGGAGAAGAUGAACAAGAUAGAUAUCUGAAGGUCCGCUCCGAUAUUGAAGACGGUUAUCUGAAGGUUCGUCCAGAUGAAGUAAAGCCCACUGACCCUGAUGAGGAUCGACCAAAUACUUACCUUGAGGUGAUCGGAGAAGGGGAAGCAUCAGUAAGCAAGCACCACAGUAGUCAUGAUUACUCUUAUAUCUCGGAUAUCAGUAAAGUUGACAUUCGACCGAGACUCCCACUUCCUCUACAGCAAGAUGACGACGGAGAGCAAUCCGAGUACGACGACACAGCAGUCCAACCAGUCUAUAGGAACGAAGGAGUUAUUUUCCCCAAAGUUCGACGCCCUAAUGCUGGAACGUAGAAGGUGUAGUUAUUACUUUCUUUAAGCGGCAAUUCCACCUAACUGACCGAUGUCCUCACCUACUCAGUAUGUUUUCGUUUGUAUAUAGUUUAUGAAUGAAAUAAGCGGUUGAAGCGAUAAACGAAUGAAUUACAUUGAGCUACAGACUCUUUGUGCUUAAUAGCAGAAACGUCAACAGUUUACCUGGGUUUUGUUUUACAACUCAUUAAACUGUUACCAUUGAUAUGUUAAACAAAUAAUGACAACACGUGUGUAUAUGGUGCAGAAAGAUGGACACAUACACACACACCCCCUCCCACAAAAACACGCUCUCUCCCACAAAAUGCACCCGCAUACACCUAAUACACACACACAUUAUAAUAUUUGUGGGUAUUUACAUAAUUAUAUGUCACAGGUAAAAAUUCAAAAUUAACUCUUUACAUCGAUUUUCCCAAGUUAGUUACAGGAGUCUUAAUUUUGACAACCAAAUGUAUUACUAAUUUACCCAACCUCUAAAAAUAGUUAUACUAGAUAGCUAAACAAGGUGAAUGGCUUGUCUGUUAGGGAAAGUAAAUACCAGAGUAAACUCAUUUUCUCUGCGUAAUUUAUUCGUAACUGCCUAACCGUAGCAACAUAUGAAAAUGAGUUUUAUUUGAACGCGUUUAAGCUUUUGAAUCCUAAUGUUAACGGUAUCUAGUGAUUACAUGUUUUGGAACGUAAUUGAAAUGUUUUCUAGUUUAAAAGGACGUUCGGGGUAAAGAUAACGAACCAUACUCGCAGCGACAGGUCGGGAAGGUCUUCGUACUUUUCCGAGUGUAGGGAAUUCCCCAUUACGUUUUCUGAUUUGAUCUAUACACAACAAAAAAGUAAGUCCCCCCUAAAUCAAAUUGCUGUAACUUUUGAACGGAAUU